CACCUUCCCCACCCCCACCCUCACCACCGCCCCUCAAGCCAGUGAAGCCGGCAACCUUACACCUGUCUUCUAGACGAGAUGGCUUCACUGGCGCCAAAGAUGGAUGACCUCAAGGUCACCGACACCUUCUACGUCACAGACUCCGAGGGAAACGUCGCGGAGCUUUCCGUGGCUGCCGCCGAGGUUAACAACUCUGGGGUACGGUCGCUUGAGCCCCUUCUCGAGGGCUUCAAGAAAGCCGUGGGGGGCUCCAACGUGGAGCAAGCGGAAGGUGCGCUCAACGCCAUGACGCACUUCAUCAAGGAAUGUCCUGUGGCUGAGCCAUACAUGGCGUCGCUGCUGCCGAUCGUACUCACGGCGGCGUCGCACAAGGCGAAGAACGUGCAGAAGGCCGCAACCAUCACCGGCGAGACGUUCGCGGCGAAGAUGUCGCCGAACGCCGUGGCGGCCGUGCUUCCUGACCUGUUCGCUUGUCUGGACGUGGGGCAAAACUGGCAGACGCGUGUGCUGGCUCUCAACAUCAUCACCUCCUUCAGCGAUCACGCCUCACACCAGCUGGGAUACAACCUGCCGGACGUAGUACCCGCGUUGACGCCGUGCAUUGGCGACACAAAGAAGCAGGUCAAGACCGCUGCGGUCGCAGCGAUGACCGCGGCAUGCGACGUCAUCGGCAACCGAGACAUGGAGCACAUGACCACCGAUAUCGUUAAGGCCGUGAUCAACCCUGGCACUGUGCCGGAGAUCAUGCACAACCUGGCGAGUGUCGCCUUUGUGCAGUCGGUGGAGUCUCCCGCGCUGGCAAUGGUGGUGCCCCUCCUUCUCCGUGGACUGCGCGUGAAGGAAACUGCCACCAAGCGCCAGUCAGCUGUCAUCAUCGAGAACAUGAGUAAGCUGGUCGAUGAACCGACGGACGCGGCUCCUUUCUUGCCUCUUCUGAUGCCCGCCCUCGAGAAGGCUGCCGGCACCAUCGCGAACCCAGAGGCGCGCGGUAUUGCAGACCGCGCCUAUGCGCAGUUGAUGCGUCUUGACGGCUUGUGCAAGAUCAGCAAGUCGAAGAAGUCCGACAUGGCGUUGGUUUCCGCUGCCAUCAGGAAUGUGGCUCCCUCCCUCGCCAAGGAUGACUUCACGGACAUCGCCGUGUCCUACGUGGCCUCCAUGUGCUGCACGCUGAUGGACCUCAAGCAGACCACUGACGAGGAAUGGGCUGGUGUUGGCGAGCUGUUGGCCCUUCUUGUGAAGGACCUUCCGAGCGACGCCACCGCGACUCUCAAGUCGAAGUGCGCGGAGAUGAUGGUUGCCGAGGAGGCUGUGGACGAUGACGAGGAUGCGGAGGAGCUUUGCAACUGCCAGUUCACCUUGGCAUACGGCACCAAAAUUCUCUUGCACAACACUAAGAUGAGGCUGAAGCGCGGUAAGAACUACGGUCUCCUUGGUGGAAACGACUCGGGCAAGAGCACCCUGAUGCGCGCAAUCGCGAACGGUUCUGUGGAGGGAUUCCCCGACCCAUCCGAGGUACGCACGGUGUUCGUCGAGGCGGACAUUCAAGGCGAGCAGUCUCAUCUUUCUUGCGUCGACUACGUGAUGGCGGACGAGAAGAUCCAGCGCAUUGGUAUCGACCGUGCGCAGGUUACGGAGGUGCUGGCCACGGUCGGUUUCACCGAAGACGGGAAGGCCAAGCCUAACCACGCGGUAUCCACGCUGUCGGGAGGAUGGCGCAUGAAGCUGGCCAUGGCACGUGCGAUGCUCCAGAAGGCGGACAUCCUUUUGCUGGACGAGCCGACCAACCACUUGGAUGUUAUCAACGUGGCGUGGGUGAAGAACUACCUCAACAGCCUCACCAACGUCACGGCGAUCAUGGUGUCGCACGACUCCGGUCUCCUCAACGAUUGCUGCAGCCACAUCCUUUCGAUCGAGAACCUGAAGCUCGUCAACUUCAAGGGAAACCUGAACGAGUUUGUGGCGGUAAACCCCACGGCCAAGUCUUUCUUCGAGCUCAAGGCGUCCAAGCUGAAGUUCAACUUCCCGCAGCCCGGGCCAAUCGAGGGCGUCAGGUCCAAGGGUAAAGCGCUGAUGAAGAUGGCGCACUGCGACUUCACGUACCCCGGCAACACCGUGCCCACCCUCUUCGACAUCUCUGUGCAAGUCUCUUUGUCGUCGCGUGUUGCGUGUGUGGGCGAGAAUGGCGCGGGGAAGUCGACCAUGAUCAAGGUGCUGACUGGCGAGGUUGUACCGCAGACCGGCGAAGUGUGGCGGCAUCCCAAUGCGCGAGUAGCUUACUUGGCGCAGCACGCAUUCCACCACAUCGAGGACCACAUGAACAAGACCCCGAACGAGUACAUUCGGUGGCGGUUCGCCAACAACGGCGAGGACAAGGAAUCGUUAGUGAAGGUUUCCAUGGUGGUGACCGAGGAGGAAGAAAAGCUUCAGAAGGCACAGUUUGAAGUCACGUGGACCGAUGAAGAAUCCGGCGUGGCGAAGAAGGCCAAGAAGGUCGUUGCCGAGCUCCUCGGCGGCCGUCGCCAGGACAAGACCAAGGAGUACUUGUACGAGGUUCGGUACACCGUGGCCAGCGACGCUCCCAACUACCUUCCCAGGAAAAAGCUCGAGAAGCAGGGAUGGGGGAAGGCCAUCAAGGCUAUCGAUGCGCGCAUCGCCCAGACAAGCGGCCUGUACGUGCGACCGCUGUCCUCCUCCAACGUGGAGAAGCACCUCGCGGAUUGCGGCCUGGCCGCAGAGUUCGCCACUCACACCCGGAUGCAGGCGUUGUCGGGCGGGCAAAAGGUGAAGGUUGUGCUGGCUGCUGCCAUGUGGAACCAGCCUCACAUCCUUAUCCUCGACGAGCCCACCAACUACCUCGACCGUGAGUCUCUUGGGGCACUGGCGUGCGCCAUCGACGAAUUCCAGGGAGGUGUAGUGAUCAUCUCACAUAACAAUGAAUUCGUGAGCACGGUCUGCCCGGAGGAGUGGGUGAUGGACUCGGGCCGGCUUGAGACGAAGGGCGACGCAGGGUGGAUGGAACGCCAGGAUGAGAAGAUCAGCGACCAGGCUGUGAUCAAGGAAGUAACGGAUGCUGCAGGGAACGUAUCCAAGGUGAAGGGCCCCAAGAAGAAGCUCUCCAAGCGCGACCACAAGGCACUGGCGAAGCGAAUUAAGGCGAAGAUCAGCGAAGGCGCCGACCUCGACAGUGACGAGGACGAGUUUGCAACGGAGAACGAUCUUUACUGAUGUAAUCAGUGAAGUAGAUUGAAGGUUGCUGUUCGUUUUCAUACCUUGCGUUCCACCCAACUUGCGGCUGACUUUUGAAGCGGUUCGAGUUCGUUUGUGUCUACUUUGUCGUGUUGGUGCGAGCGGACAGUUGUUCGUGAGGCAUCUUUUGGUUGUGUUGAUAUUUUGGGAGCGAUUUGCUUCUCUUUGACGAGGCGAAAAGAAUAAUCCGGUAUGGUCGAGUUCUUUUGAGCACGUGUUUCAUGAGUUUGUCUACUCUCGUGUGAUUUACUGGAUUUUAUUUUCAUGUCCUCGGGGGAAAUCGAAGCGAUGUUACCUCUCUACGAGCAAGCCUUUCUGGGAUGCAAUCGAUGGGUUUAAUUUGCAGCCGUUGCAGCACCGUCCUACGGAAGUGAAACCGUCGCACUGACAACAUGCAGUGUGUAUGUACCCCAAGCGCUCAACGAUAUCAAACUACUUUGUUUCGCCGGGUCCUUCGCUGCGCCUGCAUAUUCUUGUCCGCAUAGGGGGGUUUUGGCUGGCUGCCACACGUGCAAGUGUAGUGUGUCUUUGCCUUUCCCGAGAGAUCAGCUAAACAUCCUGACUGUGGAAUGGCAAAGAGUCAUGGAAUUUAUAGUCUGCGGAUGUAUGCAAGCCAAUAUCACGAUCAAUCAACACAUGAGUGCGAUGCACAUAACAACGCCCGCACAUGAAUCAAGAACUUUUUGCUCA